GAAUGGGCGAUAUCUGCAAUGCAGUACAGAUCAUGUUCCUUUUUGUCAUUUGAAACGAUUUAAGUCCAUUAUUUUCCCAAAGAUUGACUUGAAUUAGAAUUUAGCGUCUUUGUAUCUGUAACAUAUUUUUUGGGUGGAAAGUAGCAAAUGCUGAAUAAGGUCUAAUUGCUAGUGAAGAUGAUUAAAGCAACAUAUCUGUCUUCAAAGACUGCACUUUGCUUUUCCGUAUCUACAGUUUAGGUGGAUGAUCAGAAGUCUGUAGAUUGGAUAUUCACACGAACACAUAUCUAUACGCUAGUAAAACUACAAUAUCCAGAAGAAGAAUAUUGAGAGCUCAUAAAGGCAUUCUUAAAUGCAAAUUUUCUUUUCGAUAAUAUGCCAUGUUAUAUCCAACUCUGGGAAAGAAACCUUUCAUGGCGACGAGACAUUUGUCAGUUAGUUUUUAACACGGCGAUUUCUUUGUGCCUUGCCAUCAACGUUUUAUCUCCUGGCGAAAAUUGGAUUACAAUCACGCACGUCAUCCUCGUGGACUGCAAAUGGUGCAGCAGUGGAUAUUUUUAGCCUGGAUUAGGACAUAAGAAUCGGAAAAGGGUUUUUUUUUUUUUACAGAAGACGCGGAACACGCUGUCUUCUCCAAAACCAGCUGCACCCGGGCUUUCUCAGAAGUGUUAUCUGGUACGACAGGACCAAAUCAUACUGUGGCAACCAAAUCGUUCAGAAGCAAGUAUGUCACUGAAAAAUCCUUUACAAGUGGCCAACAUUGCAUGGAGAAACAAUAAUAUCAGCCUUCUGAAUAAAGACCCUCCUCUUUCAGAACAAGGAGAGACCAUCAUCGGAGUAUACCUGUUGAUUCUAGGCUGGCUGUCUUGGUUUGGAAACAGCAUUGUGCUGUUCAUCCUUUACAAACAAAGGGCCACCCUCCAGCCCACCGAUUACCUCACUUUCAAUCUGGCCAUAUCGGACGCCAGCAUCUCCGUGUUUGGAUACUCCCGAGGGAUCAUUGAAAUCUUCAACGUCUUCCGAGACGGGGGCUUUAUUAUAACAUCCAUCUGGACGUGCCAGGUCGAUGGUUUUCUCACCCUGCUCUUCGGUCUGGCCAGCAUCAACACCCUGACUGUCAUCAGUGUGACCAGAUAUAUCAAGGGAUGCCAUCCUGUCAGAGCUCCCUGCAUCUGCAACCACACCAUCACCGUGUCGUUAGUGCUGAUCUGGGCUGCAGCUCUCUUCUGGUCUGGAGCCCCUCUCCUGGGCUGGGGCAGCUACACAGACCGAGGAUAUGGUACCUGUGAGAUUGACUGGGCCAAAGCCAACUACUCCACCAUUUACAAAUCCUACAUCGUGUCCAUUCUAAUCUUCUGCUUCUUCCUGCCUGUGCUGGUGAUGAUCUUCUCCUACGUGUCCAUCAUCCGGACCGUGAAGAGCAGCCAUGCCCUGGGGGCAGACGGGGACCUGACGGACAGGCAGAGGAGGAUGGAGAGGGAUGUGACCAGGGUGUCCGUCGUGAUCUGCACAGCCUUCAUCGUGGCCUGGUCACCCUACGCCGUGGUCUCCAUGUGGUCGGCCUGGGGUUUCUACGUCCCCAACAUCACCAGCAUUUUCACCCGGCUCUUCGCCAAGUCUGCCAGCUUCUACAACCCCCUCAUCUACUUCGGCAUGAGCUCCAAGUUCCGCAAGGACGUGAGGGUGCUGCUGCCCUGCGCCAGGGGGGGCAAGGACAGCGUCAGGCUCCGGCGCUUCAAGCACCUGAAGCCCAGGGCGGAGGCCCAGCAGCCCAGCAAGGAGCCCCAGCCCGGGGAGGAGGUCAAGCCUUCUCCCAGCCCGGACUCCGGCGUUGGGAGCCCCUCCAACACCCCUCCCCCCGAGAACCAACAGGUCUUCUUCAUUCCCCUGCCCCUGGAGUCGGAGACCCCCGAAUUCGAAAGCGACAGACUCUAAAAACUGGACUCUCGUGUUGUCAUUUUUUUCCCCAAGUGGUUUCAGGGUUGUUUUUCAUUCUGGGGAAUAUAUGUGCAGUGAUGUUGAAUGGUAAUGUGGUUUGCACGUUAUGUUUUUUUUUUGUUGGUUUGCUUUCCUCUCUUUUUCCUCACAUUGCCCAGGGCAAUGAUUAGAGGCUUACGUGCGCCCAACGCCAAGGAGAUUGAAUCGUGGGAGAUGCAAAUCUUAAAACAGACAACAACACGAGCACAACAGACAUGGCAACUUCUCACAGACUGGCUUGAUGCAGACAAAGGCUGCUACCUCUACCAUUUAGUUGGAGCUCAUGUUGGAUGGUUCUAGUUCUUCGGAGGAUUACUUAUUUUAAUAAGGCAAGGCUCUGUGCGUCUCUAUAAUGGUCAACUGUGCCAGAUCUAUUAAAAUCUAGCAAAAUGUUUUGUUAUGAUGGUUUCUCAUUAAAGGAGUUAAAAGGUGUUAAGGUUUUGUAACCCUUCACAGAUUUUUUACUUUUUAAUAUCUGCUUCUUAAGUCUAUCAUUCUUUUGUGGGUGCAAUGGGGGGCUACAAUGUGAGUAUAUUUUGCCAUUAGGAAACUAUAAAGGUCAACAGCUUUACCUUUAAUGUUAUUCAGUAAACAAAAGCCAGAAAGAAUGAGUCACAUAAACACCUUUGUGUGAAGAUCACAAUUAAUUUUAUGCAUCAUAUCUGUAUCCCUGUUAGACGGCAGAGUCUAAGGUUUUGUGUUCUACCAGUUGCUUUGUAAAUUGCUUAGAGAAAUACAGUGUGUUCUGAUACUAAAUCU